GCUACCCGGGGACCACAUUUGUGCAGGUUGCAGCGUAAGAAGGGGGGAGGCGGAGGAGACCAAAAGGAGCUCUCUACUUCAGGCGGACCCUCAGACAUGCAAUCCGCACUCUGCGGACUCAUCUGGGGAUUCUAUCUGGAGGCUUACUAGGACCCAGUUUGGACCAUUUUCUUCCCCGGGAUUUUUUUGUUUGAACUGUGGUUUGAAGCCGUGGUUUCUUGUGAGGGGAUGGUGCAUUUUUAAUUUUUAUUGACCAAGAGGGCCAAACAAGUUUUACAUCCACGAUGAGCACCUGCAGAGUUUCGUACCUGCGGAGGUGUGCGCUCCCCUGGGCGACCCUGUUGUUGUUGUCGAUCCCGUUGGCCGCCGCCCUGCCGGCGAGGGGUGACUGCCCCCCGUCCUGUGUGUGCUCCGCGCCCAGCGAAGUGCACUGCACCUUCCGAUACCUGAACGCGGUACCUGCCCACAUCAAGCCAGCCGUGGAAAGAAUUAAUCUUGGAUACAACAGUAUAGCCGUCUUACGAGAGACAUCUUUUUCAGGACUGGAUAGAUUAGAAAUACUGAUGCUGCAUAGCAACCUUAUCCACAGUAUUGAAGACAGAACAUUCCAGGACCUCAGAUCGCUACAGGCCCUGAAGGUGUCCUAUAAUAAAGUAAAGGAACUCAACAAACAGACAUUCGAAGGCCUUGAAAGUCUGCAGAGACUCCACAUGGACCACAACCACAUUGAGUUCAUUAGCCCCGAGGCGUUCUACGGCCUCACCCGUCUGCAGUUGGUCAAUCUGGAAGGCAACCGUCUGCAGCAGCUCCACCCGGACACGUUCAUCACCCUGAGACACAGUCAGGUUUUCAAGGUGUCCUCGGUUAAGACCAUCUACCUGUCUGACAACCUUCUCACCAGCUUGCCUGAAGAGAUUUUCUCAGGCUGCGGCCACCUGGAGAACCUCUUCCUCCACGGCAACGGCUGGAUGUGUGAUUGUCGAAUGACCUGGUUUGCACCGUGGACGCGGAAGCACACAGGCGUGCUAAAAUGCAAGCGGGAUAGAAGGUAUCCUCGGGGCCAGCUGUGUCCUGUGUGUGACGAUCCUCCCCGAUUCCACAAGAGACAACUCUCUCUUCUACCUGCCGAGGCCUUUACUUGUACCAAACCCUGGAUCCACUCCCAUCUAAAGCAGAAAAACAUCAGUUUCGACGGAGGGCAUUUUACACCAGUUUCUCCAAGGGACUUUCUAGCCCCACUCGGGUCCUUAGAAAUGAACCUGACGGAUCAGUUCCACACUGAUGCCAGCCUAUCAUGCACUGUCCAAAGGCCAUCCAGUUUUGACAACAUUUCCCUUACCUUGGAGGAGGAGGAUAGUAAUAGCACUAUGCUUACAACAAGCAUCGGGACAUAUUUAGUCUGUAACAUUGACGAUGAACACAUUCAACAUCUGUGGCAAGUCCUGGCGGCCUACAGCGAGACUCCCAUGAGACUGGAGAGAGGAGUGAUGUCGGCCAAGCGUCCUGAAAUGGUGUACAGAUACAGCCAGAAGAUGGUCGAGGAUGAGCCGCACUCAAAGAUUGACGCUGAAAUCAAAGCCCUGCCGGCGUGGUUGAUGCAAGGGGAGAUUAACCUGCAGCUUGACCGUGCUUCCACCACAUUUUCUACCCUGCACAUCCAGUACCGGUCUGUGGUCAACCUACGGAUAGAAAACACAAUCCCUAAGAAGGACAGCUACUCAUGGACGAUGAUCAAGAAAGACAACCAGACCAAGACUGACCACAUCGUAAUCACAGGUGGUGUGGUACAGCUUAACUGUGAAGUCCGGGGAGAGCCCAAGCCUUUGAUAGAGUGGAUUUUACCAGAUGGAAUUAAGGUUCGAGCCCCAUACGUGAGUGAGGACAGUCGGAUUCUAAUCACAGCUGAAGCGAAGCUCACUCUUCGGGGUGCAGAUAUCUCAGACACGGGCCUCUAUCGCUGCAUUGCCACAAACUACUUGGAUGCAGACAUUCUCGUUUUUAGAGUGACAGUUGUCUCCCCGGAUGUAGAGGAGGCCGAUGUCAAUGGUGUCCAGAUAUCGCAGAAACUGGGGGAGGAUCUUGUUUUUGAUUGUAACACUACAGGAAGUCCUAAGGCUUCUAUACAAUGGAUAUUCCCUGACCACUCAGUACUGGAUAAGUCGCAUGGGACCAGAAAGAUAUAUGAGAACGGCACCCUGCUGAUUGAGGGACUCACUCCAAAGGACCAAGGAUUUUAUAGGUGUUUGGUUUCUAAUCAUUUGGGAGUUGACAUUUUGGUUUUGCAAGUGACAACAAAGGGAAGCUCCAAUGGGGUGACAGGAUUUGACGAGGACGGGUCUGGAAUUGAGACGGAAAGUCAGAUGGAUACAACUUUAACUGAGAGCCGUAUCAUGCUCACGGACAGAGCUACUGAGGAAUCAGUAGGAAUAACUUUAAAUCGACCACAUUCCGGAAAGAAAAUUCGAGGAAAAGGAGGUUCAGGAGGUCGAAUGGGACACAGGAGGAUUCCAGUUAGCAACAGACGCACAUUUGGCAGUCGUCGGGUGUUUGAUAAAGCAACAAGAACAGUGGACCCGGCAGAAUUUGCGCAUUUCAUGAAAACUGCUCAAGAUGAAGAACGGGAUAAGACAAGAACAGGGAGAAAGUUGACAAAAGAGUCAAAAACUGAUUUUUUAGAUGACGACGACGUUGGCUCUGGCGAUGUACACAAUGACAACCUCAUCUUGCUUACUACGGUUUUGCCAAAUUCAAAUAACCGGCAAGUAUUUGGAACGGGAAACGGACAGCCUGACAUGACCACGAAAAAUGACAAAAAGGACAAACUAGCAACAGAUUCUGUGACGAUCCAAAGGUCUGGAUUUACACACAGUCCAGAUGAAAGUAGAAAAAUCACUUCCCCACAUUACCCGGUUUCACUCAACACAGACAUAUUCAACCGCGAUGAAACUAUUGAGAAUUAUUCUUUUGAAAUACCUUCCAAGCCUCAAACUCACAUCGAUUAUUCACAAGAAACCCAGCUGCAGUUCUCCGGAGAAUACUCUGCAGAUCCGGAGACAUCCAGUGAGACACCAUCGUCAUUUACCAUUGAUCCCAAUGUGACUCCCAUGAGAGACGCCGGAGCCCCCUUGGAGUAUUUUGUCCAUUCAGAUCCAGAAAGCCAGUCCACCAUCACGGCCAUCACCGCCACAGAGAGACGGGAAAACCAGAUCACCUUCCACACGACGCAGACGAUAAGAUCCCCACCUUCGGGGUCCACUAUCAUCUCCCAGCAGCACAUUCAUAUUAUCCCAAAGAGGAAACAUAAAGGAGGAGGCCGUAGGAGAAUAUUCCACGGUCACAGAAGAAUCCUUAAACCCAACAGAAUAAGUGAUAUACAGUCCAUUAUCAACAAACUCAUCCAGUCAUCGGGGCAGAACACGACAGGACCGUACAUACCUGAUCUUUCCACAGAUGAAGAACUUUCCAUUUCCACAACUCCAUUUGGGGGACAAGAGAAAGGAGGAACAACAAAAACACCACAAAGACAAAAGAAGCCUUCAAUCACUACUGAAACAGUCACAAUUCAUCAGACUCCCACAGUAACCCUAAAAACAUCCCCUGCUACCCAGCCCCCCACAACUAAACUGGACCUACCCCCUUCCAAAAAACCAGAGACAACAAUGAGCAUAUUUGAAGAAGACAACCAUGAAGAGUCAUUUUCUGCCGACUUCGAGGUGCCAAAUCUGAAGCCCGGUGUCCAGCAUCCAAUUACGAUUAGCCCUACUUAUUACCUCACCACUGUCGAAACACCACAAGAACCAUCAACUCUUGCCUCACCGCCGACAGUCAUUUUACCCUCAGGGAGAAAGUCUGACAGGGAAUUUGUGUAUGGGUCCGGUGGACUCCCGGAUGAUUUUUCUACAACAAGACACGGAUCAAAUGCAAAGAGAGGCCGCCAAGGAAAAAGAAAGAGGCCCCAUAAGGGCAGUAAAAACUUAAAGAAACCUAAAACAAAUACAUUUUAUCCUACGAAAGCAACUGAGUUCCACAAGAAAACAACAACUGGGAUAACCAUGGGAAGUACAAUCCAGGCAUCUAUAGUACCCCAAAAGAGUGUCUCAAAACCCACGUAUACACUCUCAAAGCCGAUUGACAGAACCUCAGGGUCAUCAGAGCAGGACACGUACACUUCCCAGGAAGUAGACUGGGACAUUUCUUAUACUCCAACCAAAACGCCACUUAUGUCGUUUACAUCAAGAGGAUCUUACUCUUACUCAACAGUUCAAGAUAGAGUACAUAGUACUUAUACACCCUCGACACACAGGAAGCAUAGUCACACAACAGCUACAGGGAAAGCCAGGCCGACAUUGCAAAGUCUUACCAAAGAAAGUGCAGGUAAAGACAUUUUCUUUGCUACGAUGACCAUGCAAAACUACACCUACACAUACAAAAGAAACCACGGGCAUCAUUCCCAUGUCACUACGAGACCCGCUGUUGCUGGCUUAGAACCAACUACCAGGGUCACGUCAAGCAAACCCAGAAUAGUUGGUGGUAACGCAGCCAGUUUUACAGUUUUGUCCAGCUCAGAUGCUUUCCUGCCGUGCGAGGCUGUCGGAGACCCCCUGCCAGAGAUAUCCUGGAAACGCUUCUCCUCAAGCACAGGAAACACAGUCACCAUCAAGGGGAGAAUAGGCAAGUUUGAGGUGUUGCACAAUGGCACCUUGGCGAUACAGAAUGCCAACAUCAAGGACCGUGGCCAGUAUCUCUGUAUCGCUGAAAAUAAUCACGGGUCGGAUAAACUUAUAGUCACCCUCGCCGUGGUAGCUUACCCAUCACGUAUCCUGGAACCCAAAAUGCGUGAGAUAAAGUCUCAUUCAGGUAACACUGUGCAGAUGAAGUGCAAUGCAGAGGGUCGACCCACACCCACGAUAUCCUGGAUUCUGGCAAACCGGACCCAAGUAAGGGGACAAAACACCACAAAUGGAAGGGUGAUGGUGACUGCAGGUGGGACUCUUGUCCUUACACAGGUGUCGGUUUUUGACAGAGGUCAGUACAAGUGCAUCGCUAGUAACUCAGCAGGUGCUGAUACUGCUACAAUUCGCCUGCAUGUGGUAGCUGCUCCGCCGGAUAUCUUGGAGGAAAAACGUCAGCCGGUGAAAGCUCUUUUAAACCAAAACCUAUGGCUGCACUGCACAGGACAAGGCAACCCUCAGCCAAGGAUUCACUGGGUGCUGCAAGACGGUGUGGUAGUCAGUUCAAACAGAUUUGCCCGGGACAGUAGAAUAUUUGUCCAUGAGAACGGAACCCUCCACAUAAAGGAUGUAAAUCCAAAUGAUAAAGGCAAAUAUGAAUGUAUUGCAACGAGCUCUACGGGCUCAGAGCGAAGGGUGGUGACUCUAACAGUCGAGAAAACAAAAUCUGCACCUAAAAUAGUAGCAACAUCACAGCAAGUCACUGAGUUGUAUUUUGGGGACCAGCUGAAACUAAACUGCUCAGCAAAGGGAGACCCUAAACCCAGAAUAAUAUGGAGGUUACCAUCCGAAGCAGUGGUGGACCAGUGGCAAGGGAUGGGUAGCAGAAUCCAGGUUCUGGAAAAUGGUACCCUAAUCAUCAACUCAGUUAUGGAUAAAGACGAAGGAGACUAUCACUGUGUCGCUAAAAGCGCAACUGGUGAUGACCAACAACUCAUGAGAGUCAAGGUGUCCAUGAAACCAGCUAAAAUAGAGCAUAAGGUCUAUGGCAAGAAAAAGGUCGUCUAUGGUAAUGACCUAAAGGUAGACUGUAAAGCCUCUGGGGCUCCAAAGCCAGAGAUCUCGUGGGGUCUCCCAGAUGGUACCCUUGUUAACAGUGCUCUGCAGGCAGAUUCCUUUAGUGGAGGAAGCAGAAUGCGACGCUACACUUUGUUUGACAAUGGGACGCUCUACUUAAAUGAAGUCGGCAUGUCAGAGGAAGGAGACUACACCUGUAUUGCUGAGAACCAAGUAGGAAAAGAUGAGAUGCACGUACAUAUCACCGUGACUACUGCCGCGCCAAAGCUACUCCAAAACAGUGAAACUCAUGCCAGAGUAAAGCCUGAAGGUAACAUCCGGUUUGACUGUGAAGCGGUGGGUGAACCCAAACCAAAGAUUCUGUGGAUGUUGCCCGACAAUGAUGUAAUUGCGGCAUCUAACGAACGCUACUUAUUGCAUGUCAACGGCUCUCUCGAUAUAAGAAAUGUAAAGCUGAUGGAUGCCGGAGAAUAUGUGUGCAUGGCUCGCAACCCUGCUGGUGAAAACAGAAAAGUCUACAAGCUAGAAAUCGAUGGUAACCCACCAGUCAUCAACGGCUACCAUCAGAAUAGGACAGUAAGACAAGAUUUCUCCACCAAAUAUUCCAGGAAACUUAUGGACUGUAAAGCUGAAGGCCGCCCCACUCCGACAAUCACCUGGAUAAUGCCUGAUAACAUAUUUUUAAGAGCACCAUACUUCGGGGGACGAAUCAACGUUCAUCAUAACGGGACAUUGGAAAUUCGUAAUGUGCGUCCUACGGAUACUGGAGAGUUCAUUUGCAUGGCCCGGAACGAUGGGGGUGAGGCGGUUUUGGUGGUACAGCUUAAGGUUACUAAUAUGCUCCGACGGCCCAUUUUUAAGAACCCUUUCAAUGAGCGGGUAGUCUCUCCAUUGGGUAAAACCAAUGUUCUGAACUGCUCUGCUGAUGGAUACCCAAAACCUGAUAUCACCUGGAUCCUGCCUAAUGGGACACGGCGUAACUCCCACGAUGGGACUUUGGUCAUUUAUAAUGCCCGCGUUGAGGAUUCUGGAAAAUACCGCUGUGGUGCCAAGAACAUGAUGGGCUACAUAGAAAAGUUAAUCAUUUUGGAUGUUGGGCAGAAGCCUUUCAUUCUGACAAGACCGAGGGGCAUCAUCCGCGGUAUGUUUGGGGAUCCUCUUUACCUUCACUGUCUGUCUGAUGGGAAUCCGAAACCUCGAGUCUACUGGACCCUCCCCGGGGGCCACACUCUCACCCGGCCUCAAGUCCUGGGCCGUUACAAGUUGCAGGAAAACGGUACCCUAGUUGUCCAAGACGCCACUCUCCACGAUAGAGGAAACUAUGUCUGCAGAGCUCGGAAUGAUGCGGGGGAGACUUUGCUUACGGUCCCUGUUGUUAUCAUCGCCUACCCACCACGCAUCACCACGAUGCCACCGCCUAGCUUGAGUGUAAUGACGGGGACACCUAUCAAGCUGAACUGUGCAGCUGCUGGUAUACCGAAACCAGAGAUCACCUGGGAGUUGCCUGACUAUUCCAUUCUGUCAACAGCACAACAAGGGAGACAAACGGGAAGUGAACUGCUUCACCCUCAAGGUACGCUUAUUAUUCAAAGACUCACAGCCUUGGACUCUGGCACUUAUAAGUGUCUGGCCAAGAACCAUCUGGGUACAGACCUAAAGGCUGUAUAUGUGCAUGUGUUGUAGGAGAAUAAAUCAGGGCUGGAAGACUGAUUUUAGCAGAAACCUGGGUGUUCGGGGUUUAGUACCUUGUUGUAUGUGAUUUAAAGGCCUACUGAAAGCCACUACUAGCGACCACGCAGUCUGAUAGUUUAUAUAUCAAUGAUGAAAUAUUAACAUUGCAACACAUGCCAAUACGGCCGCUUUAGUUUACUAAAGUGCAAUUUUAAAUGUUGGGCGAAUUAUCCUGCUGAAAACGAUGACGCGUGCGCGUGACGUCACGGAUUGUAGCGGACAUUUUGGUCAAACACCGAUCCCAGCUUUAAUCGCACAAUUCCACAGUAUUCUGGACAUCUGUGUUGCUGAAUAUUUUGCAAUUUGUUCAAUUAAUAAUGGAGACGUCAAAGAAGAAAGACGUAGUUGGGAAGCGGUGUAUAGCGGCCGCCUUUAGCAACACAAACACAGCCGGUGUUUCAUUGUUUACAUUCCCGAAAGAUGACAGUGAAGCUUUACUAUGGAACAGAGCGGUCAAGCGAACACGGUUCCCUACCACAUGUCAACCGGCAUGUUUCGGUAAUCAAUCUAUCAAUCAAUGUUUACUUAUAUAGCCCUAAAUCACUAGUGUCUCAAAGGGCUGCACAAACCACUACGACAUCCUCGGUAGGCCCACAUAAGGGCAAGGAAAACUCACACCCAGUGGGACGUCGGUGACAAUGAUGACUAUGAGAACCUUGGAGAGGAGGAAAGCAAUGGAUGUCGAGCGGGUCUAACAUGAUACUGUGAAAGUUCAAUCCAUAAUGGAUCCAACACAGUCGCGAGAGUCCAGUCCAAAGCGGAUCCAACACAGCAGCAAGAGUCCCGUAAUAAGUCGGCUCUUACCGUAGACAUGAGCGGAGAGCUUGCGUCGUUCCUCCUGCAGCUGCGGACUCUCUUGCCUCCUCCCACCAGUUGCCCCUGACCGUCUGAUACUUCCACCUUGGAGAAAGAAGGAAAAAAAAAAAAUAUCAGCCUGGCCUGACAGGCUGCAUUUGCCUCGUCGGGAAACGUGGCUGCCCUCGGAAGACACUGGCGGUCACCACACCCGUGGCCACACCCCACCGACUUUCAGGUUGUACAGGUGCGACCAUAUAAUCUCACUAAAACACUAGUAACACAAUAAGGGAUUUUCCAAAAUGAUCCUAGUACAUGCGUCUAAUAACAUCUGAAUCGCUCCCACUGCCCUCGUCUUUUUUCUUUUUCUAGUCCUUCACUCUCACUUUCCUCAUCCACAAAUCUUUCAUCCUCGCUCAAACUAAUGGGGAAAUUGUCGCUUUUCUCGAUCCGAAUCGCUCUCGCUGCUGGUGGCCAUGAUUGUAAACAAUGUUCAGAUGUGAGGAGCUCCACAACCCGUGACGUCACGCGCACAUCGUUCGCUACUUCCGGUACAGGCAAGGCUUUUUUAUUAGCCACCAAAAGUCGCAAACUUUAUCCUUUCAACAAAAAUAUGGCAAUAUAGCGAAAUGAUCAAGUCUGACACAUAGAAUGGACCUGCUAUCCCCGUUUAAAUAAGAAAAUAUCACUUCAGUAGGCCUUUAAGAGGACGACAGCUUACAAUGGUUUCCAAUGAGAAAAAAACCAUUCGAACAAAGCAAUGAAAUAAAUAACACAUCUGGGGGGCUGGAAUGGGUUGAUGUAACUUAUAAGGCAACGUUUAGAAAAAUCUUCCAGUAGAAGUUUCAUGUACAUGUGGGAUCAAUCUAAAGUCAGGAGGUGAUGCUGACAACACAUGGGUAUACUUAGCGCACAUUCAGCCUCGUCAACAACUUGACCUUCAACAUUAAAUGACGAAAAUGCAUGAAUGUAUUGUACAAAUAUUUUAACAGCAAACUAUCAACUGUUUUCUAUUUGUUUUAAUACAAACAGAGGGUAGAAUGAUUGUUUUUUUUACACUGGAUGCAUCUUGUUGGCUACAAAGUCAGUGAUGGAUUAUGGUUUUAAGAGGAUUCCCUUGUUUAUUUCAACACAUAUAAUUGGUUGAUGCAGUUUUAGAAAAUGUUCAAUUGUGUUGUACACAAUAUUUUACAGUAAUGUUAUACAUUAUGCUUAUCUGUAACAAUACAGUAUAUGUUUUAGAACCUACUAAUGUAUGGGAGGAAUAAUAAACAUUGAAACAUA